UAAAAUUGUGACCAGUGUCAUCUCGUCACACAGGUGUAUAGUUAGUUUAAACGUACAUGUAUGUAUAUAUAUACGCCGACACGUCUCCGAGAUUACUGAGGUCAAGGUCAACUGUCGUACCCACGCCAAGGCAGCCAGGAAACCUGAGAAUCUUGACAGGAAGUGAUCACAGAUAACAGGAACAUGACGUCACUAGCUCUAUCUCUUCUGGCCGUGUUGGCCUUAGCAACCACUUCAUAUGGUGCAGUAUCUAAAGUGAAUUUAGAUGAUGGUUGCGAUGUUUCGACGACCUUGAACAUGAACGACGUCGCCACGGUCUCCACGGCUGGAAGCGUUCCUCUUGGCGGCGGGGACUGCGUCAACACAUUUGUCGCCACCGACACAAAUAACGAAUGUGAAGAAGCACUCGUCUUGUGCGUCAACGUCACCAGUAUGAGCACUAUGUGCUACGUCAGCGCUGAGUUUUCAUCUCAAACUAAGGUCUUGAAGUUAGACUGUUUUCCCUCGCUACCCAAGAACAAGUGGUGUGUGAACGGUCGACGGGACAUGACUCUCCGCCUCUACCAGAACCAUGAUAAAGAUCAUAGCGACUACAGCUUCAAUGCUAAUGUGUACGCAAGUUGUGCUCAAUACGACCUCAACCCCAACAAAGGUGGUCAGUCCGAACCUGGACACAGAGAGGAAGAUAUUAUCUUCCUCGAUGUCGAGGAGGCUGUCCACAAUACACGAGUCAUCGGAAUCGUUGUUGGAGUGUGUCUGGCUUGUAUGUUCCUCAUUGCCCUACUCAUCACCUACUUCUACUACAAGAACAAGGCCUACACCGGUGUCCCCUCGGAGGCAUAAGUCACUUCCGGUUCCCAUCAUUCCCCGCAGUUCCUGUAAACCCGAUAAGAGAUGAUCGAUCACUAAGACGCUUGUUAAAACGUGGAUGAUGGAAAACGUACGGAUAACUUGAGCAUUUUUGGAACACUGCCCCAGUCUUGGACAUAUCUGCUACACGAAUGUCUCAUUAAAACUUGACUGGACUGGAAACGAAGCAAAUCAUAUUUUCCACCACAACGUUUUUUUACUCGGAUGCGUGUGAGUGCACGUGGAAGUGUUUAGAUGUUUGUUAGUGUCCAUCGUAUUUGCACCGAAAACAAAGUGUGAGCGUGUUUGCUAACAUUUUGUAAUUUGCAUGGGGGAGAAAGCGAAUUUUAGUUUUUCCAACCUAACCAAAUUAACAGUUGUAGACGACUUUGGAAAUUAUAAUUCCAACACCUUAAACUACAUAUUUGAAACAACUUUUUCUUCUGAGCUUUUUAGAUCUUUAACUUACAGACUAAGAAGUUAUACUGAUAAUUUCAUUUAUCUCUAGCAUUAGGGUCCAAAGUAGAGAAUCUCCCUCCAGAAUUGAGAAUGUUGGCAAGAACGUGUGUGUACCAAUUUAGUGCGAGGAGAGAGAAAAUGUGUGCAUUUUAAACCUAUGCCAAUUCGUCCUUCAGACACAUGCAACCGAAAAAAAUACAUAUGAAUUGUGACUUAUUCAUAAGAUGGUUUAAAACCAACAGCAAUAUUUUGUUCACCUUUUUUUUCUCAAAAUUUGUAUGUUGUAUGUGUUUUUUAAUGAUUUGUUAUUUCCAUGUAUAGCUCAGGAUGAAUGAAUGUUUAUAGGUUUUUGAAUUUGUUCCGAGAAGUUGCAGAUUUGCUCCUGGAUGUUUUAGAUUGUACAGUUAAUAUAAAAAAAAUAGUUAGACAUUGAUGUUUAGUUCACUACACUGUCGUCAAUAGUGUGUCAUCCUGCAAUUAAUGUUAUAUAAAUAGUAUCCCACGUGUUGACACGAUGGUUUAAUGUUAUAUAAAUAGUAUCCCACGUGUUGACACGACGGUUUAAUGUUAUAUAAAUAGUAUCCCACGUGUUGACACGACGGUUUAAUGUUAUAUAAAUAGUAUCCCACGUGUUAACACGAUGGUUUAAUAUUAUAUUAUUAUGCUUGACAGUUUAUUUGAUAGUUAAUCAUUUGACAGUGUGAGAUGUAAUAGUACAUUUGACAGUGAAAUGUAACAGUACAUUUGACAGUGUGAGAUGUAAUAGUACAUUUGACAGUGAGAUGUAACAGUACAUUUGACAGUGUGAGAUGUAAUAGUACAUUUGACAGUGAGAUGUAACAGUACAUUUGACAGUGUGAGAUGUAAUAGUACAUUUGACAGUAUGAGAUGUAACAGUACAUUUGACAGUGUGAGAUGUAAUAGUACAUUUGACAGUGUGAGAUGUAAUAGUACUUUUGACAGUGUGAGAUGUAAUAGUACUUUUGACGGUGUGAGAUGUAAUAGUACAUUUGACAGUGUGAGAUGUAAUAGUACAGUUAAAAGCAAUUUAUAUCCGCCAUACACUAGGUACUCGCCUCGUCAAUACACUAUAUAUUGAUAUAUUGUGUGUAUUAACAGGCGAUGCUAGUAUCAGGGGUCAUACUAGUGAAUGAAAACAGCAUAAUUUCUCACCUAAAACUUAAAAAUAUAGUCACAAGUCUUAACUAGUAAUCAAAUACGACGUGAAAGUCUGAUGACCUAUAUACUUAUCGUGUAGAUUUACUCUCAUUAUAAUGUAACAAAAAGCCAUAAUAUACCACCGCUGGAGAUUGCUGGACCAAUUCUAAACCUUCAUAUCAGAAAUGUUAAAACACAAAAUAACCAUAAACUGAAUAUGACACUGUUUAUUAAUCACGUUUUGUAUAUUAUGUAUAGUCGAAAUCUCAACACAUGUGGCAUUUAUCAUUAAUAUACAGUAUGUUACGGCUUUAUUUAGAAUAAACUUAUGUAGAAUUACAUGUAUCAAUGUCAAGUGGUCAGGCGACGUUGGCUAGUGAAGUGGUUACGUGACGUUGGCUAGUGAGUGGUCACGUGACGUUGGUUAGUGAAGUGGUCACGUGACGUUAGCUAGUGAAGUGGUCACGUGACGUUGGCUAGUGAAGUGGUCACGUGACGUUGGCUAGUGAAGUGGUCACGUGACGUUGGUUAGUGAAGUGGUCACGUGACGUUGGUUAGUAAAGUGGUCACGUGACGUUGGUUAGUAAAGUGGUCACGUGACGUUGGUUAGUGAAGUGGUCACGCGACGUUGGCUAGUGAAGUGGUCACGUGACGUUGGCUAGUAAAGUGGUCACGUGACGUUGGUUAGUGAAGUGGUCACGUGACGUUGGUUAGUAAAGUGGUCACGUGACGUUGGUUAGUGAAGUGGUCACGUGACGUUGGUUAGUAAAGUGGUCACGUGACGUUGGUUAGUAAAGUGGUCACGUGACGUUGGUUAGUGAAGUGGUCACGUGACGUUGGUUAGUGAAGUGGUUACGUGACGUUGGCUAGUGAAGUGGUCACGUGACGUUAGUUAGUGAAGUGGUCACGUGACGUUGGUUAGUAAAGUGGUCACGUGACGUUGGUUAGUGAAGUGGUUACGUGACGUUGGUUAGUAAAGUGGUUUAUUUUCCGGUCCGACACGAACAAAUAUGCACUAUGCAGUUUGUUUUAUUGGUGUGGUACCAUAUACACAGGUUUCUGUCUGUUGUAUUCCGACAGUUGAAGCCGAAACACUUUCUCCUUUAAAAAAGCAUAUAUCAAAUAUAGAUUCUACUUUUAUUUGAUGACCCGUUGUCGCAAACAAGAUUUCUAUUUUUUUUUUAUCAAAAUCAAUGUUUAUAGAACAACCGAACCCAGCUUUAAACACUCGAUAUGAAUAGUGAAAACCGACCUGCAUUGACCUCUCACAUUUGAUAAGACUACUGUUAUAGAUCUAAUAUACAUCACAUGGGUUCACAAAGUACCUAACUGGUGAUCAGGUCUGGAAGUAUUAUUACAAUUUAAACUAUGUAAUGUCGCAAAUUCAAAUGAAACCUAAGGUCAUUUUCGGUUGUUGCUAUGGAAACAUCGUGUAUGAGCUAGUCUUACAGCCAUUCGCUGUAUGGCGGAUAGUCUUGUAGCUACUCGCUGUAUGGCUGAUAGUCCUGUAGCUAUCCGCUGUAUGGCUGAUAGGCCUGUAGCUAUCCGCUGUAUGGCUGGUAAUUCGUGAUAUCUUUCCCGACAAUAUGUCAAACCAAACAUUUUCCGCCAAUAUCACUAUGCCUUUUUUGUAUGGUGUUGCAGUGACGUCAAACCCAGAAAUUUUGAUAGCACCUUCAGGAAGUUGUACAAUUGUCAAAAACAAUUAGAUCUAGACCUUUCUUAGUUGAAUUGGAAAUAAAAUAUUUUUUAAUUUUA